AUGGGGGCCGUGACUCAGCUGCUGGUGGGCAUAUGCCUAGCUUUGCUCGCCCUCCCUGCUGAAGGUGGGGUCCUCAAGAGAGUCAUUCGGCAUAAGCGACAGACUGGGGUGAACGUCACUCUGCCCGAGGAAAACCAGCCCGUGGUGUUCAACCACAUCUACAACAUCAAGCUGCCUGUCGGGUCCCAGUGCUCCGUGGAUCUGGAAUCAGCCAGUGGGGAGAAGGAUCUGGCCCCACCUUCCGAGCCCAGUGAAAGCUUCCAGGAGCACACCGUGGACGGGGGGAACCAGAUCGUCUUCACACACCGCAUCAACAUCCCCCGCCAGGCCUGUGGCUGUGCCCCUGCUCCUGACAUCAAGGAGCUCCUGAGCCGCCUGGAGGAGCUGGAGAAUCUGGUGUCGUCCCUGCGGGAGCAGUGCAGCGUGGGAGCGGGCUGCUGCCUCCAGCCUGCCGAAGGCCGCCUGGACACUAGGCCUUUCUGCAGCGGCCGGGGCAACUUCAGCACCGAGGGGUGCGGCUGUGUUUGCGAGCCCGGCUGGAAAGGCCCCAACUGCUCUGAGCCUGAAUGUCCAGGCAACUGUCACCUGCGAGGCCAGUGCCUCGAUGGGCAGUGCAUCUGCGACCAGGGCUUCACUGGGGAGGACUGCAGCCAGCUGGCCUGCCCUGGCGACUGCAACGACCAGGGCAAGUGUGUGAAUGGGGUCUGUGUCUGCUUCGAAGGCUACACCGGGGCCGACUGCAGCCAGGAGCUGUGCCCGGUGCCCUGCAGCGAGCACGGCAGGUGCGUGGACGGCCGGUGCGUGUGCCAGGACGGCUUUGCGGGUGAGGACUGCAACGAGCCCCUGUGCCUCAACAACUGCUACAACCGCGGGCGCUGCGUGGAGAAUGAGUGUGUGUGCGACGAGGGCUUCACGGGCGAGGACUGCAGCGAGCUCAUCUGCCCCAACGACUGCUUCGACCGGGGCCGCUGUGUCAACGGCACCUGCUACUGCGAAGAAGGCUUCACGGGGGAGGACUGUGGGCAGCUCACCUGCCCCAACUCCUGCCACGGCCAGGGCCGGUGCGAGGAGGGCCAGUGCGUGUGCGACGAGGGCUUUGCAGGCGUGGACUGCAGUGAGAAGAGGUGUCCCGCCGACUGCCACAACCACGGCCGCUGCGUCGCCGGGCAGUGUGAGUGCGACGACGGCUUCACGGGCGCCGACUGCGGGGAGCUCAGAUGCCCCAACGGCUGCAGCGGCCACGGCCACUGCGUCAACGGGCAGUGUGUGUGCGACGACGGCUACACCGGGGAGGACUGCCGCCAGCUGCGCUGCCCCAAUGACUGCCACAGCCGGGGCCGCUGCAUCAAGGGGAAGUGUGUGUGCGAGCAGGGCUUCCAGGGCUACGACUGCAGUGAGAUGAGCUGCCCCAAUGACUGCCACCAGCACGGCCGCUGCGUCAACGGCAUGUGUGUCUGUGACGACGGCUACACGGGCGAGGACUGCCGGGACCUGCGGUGCCCCAAGGACUGCAGCCACCGGGGCCGCUGCGUGGAGGGGCGGUGUGUGUGUGAGGACGGCUUCACGGGCCGAGACUGCGCAGAGCUGUCCUGUCCUGGGGACUGCCAUGGCCAGGGUCGCUGUGUGAACGGGCAGUGCGUGUGCCACGAAGGCUUCAUGGGCAAAGACUGCAAGGAGCGGAGGUGUCCCAGCGACUGUAAUGGCCGCGGCCGGUGCGUAGAUGGCCAGUGCGUCUGCCACGAGGGCUUCAUGGGCCUGGACUGUGGGCAGCGCUCCUGCCCCAAUGACUGCAAUCAUUGGGGGCAGUGCGUCGCAGGCCGCUGCAUCUGCAAUGAGGGCUACACCGGGGAGGACUGCUCAGAGGUGUCCCCUCCCAAAGACCUCGUUGUGACAGAAGUGACAGAGGAGACUGUGAACCUGGCCUGGGAGAACGAGAUGCGGGUCACAGAGUACCUCAUCAUGUACACGCCCACCCACGAGGACGGCCUGGAGAUCCAGUUCCGGGUCCCCGGGGACCAGACGUCCACCACCAUCCAGGAGCUGGAGCCCGGCGUGGAGUACUUCAUCCGCGUGUUCGCCAUCCUGGAGAACAAGAGGAGCAUUCCCGUCAGCGCAAGGGUGGCCACUUACUUGCCUGCACCUGAAGGCCUCAAAUUCAAGUCCAUCAAGGAGACAUCUGUGGAAGUGGAGUGGGAUCCUCUGGACAUCGCUUUCGAAACAUGGGAGAUCAUCUUCCGGAAUAUGAAUAAAGAAGAUGAGGAAGAGAUCACCAAAAGCCUGAGGAGGCCGGAGACCACAUAUCGGCAAACUGGCCUAGCCCCUGGACAGGAAUAUGAAAUAUCUCUGCACAUUGUGAAGAACAAUACUCGGGGCCCAGGCCUGAAGAGGGUGACAACCACCCGCUUGGACGCUCCCAGCCAGAUCGAGGUGAAAGACGUCACAGACACCACUGCGCUGGUCACCUGGUUCAAGCCUCUGGCUGAGAUCGACGGCAUCGAGCUCUCCUAUGGGAUCAAAGACGCGCCGGGCGACCGCACCACCAUCGACCUCACACACGAUGAGAACCAGUACUCCAUCGGGAACCUGAAGCCAGACACCGAGUACGAGGUGUCCCUCAUCUCCCGCCGGGGCGACAUGUCCAGCAACCCUGCCAAAGAGACCUUCACAACAGGCCUGGAUGCUCCCAGGAAUCUUCGCCGCGUCUCCCAGACAGACAAUAGUGUCACCUUGGAAUGGAAGAACGGCAAGGCGGCCAUCGACAGCUACAGAAUUAAGUACGCACCCAUCUCUGGAGGUGACCAUGCCGAGAUCGAGGUCCCCAGGAGCCAACAAGCCACAACCAAGACCACACUCACAGGUCUGAGGCCAGGAACUGAAUAUGGGAUCGGUGUGUCUGCUGUGAAGGGAGACAUGGAGAGCAUUCCGGCCACCAUCAAUGCGGCCACAGAUAUGGACGCCCCCAAGGACCUUCGGGUGUCUGAAACUGCAGAGACCACCCUGACCCUGGUCUGGAGGUCACCAUUGGCCAAGUUUGAUCAUUACCGCCUCAACUACAGCCUUGCUUCGGGCCAGCCAGUAGAGGUGCAGCUGCCCAGAGACACUACCUCCUACGUCCUGAGAGGCCUGGAACCAGGGCAGGAAUAUGCCAUGCUCCUGAGAGCGGAGAAGGGCAGGCAUAAGAGCAAGGCCGCGCGGGUCAAGGCAUCCACAGACCACACCCCUGAACUGGAAAACCUCACCGUGAUCGAGGUGGGCUGGGAUGGCCUCAGACUCAACUGGACCGCAGCUGACCAGGCCUAUGAGCACUUUGUCAUUCAGGUGCAGGAGGCCAACAAGGUGGAGGCGGCUCAGAACCUCACGGUGCCCGGCAGCCUGCGGGCUGUGGACAUCCCAGGCCUCAAGGCCGCCACCCCUUAUAGAGUUACCAUCUACGGGGUGAUCCGGGGCUAUAGGACACCAGUGCUCUCCGCUGAGGCCUCUACAGGGGAAAUUCCCAGUUUGGGAGAGGUCACCGUGUCCAAGGUGGGCUGGGACGCCCUCAAGCUCAACUGGACUGCUCCGGAAGGGGCCUAUGCGCAGUUUCUUAUCCAGGUGCAGGAGGCUGGCACAGGAGAGGCAGCCCAGAACCUCACAGUCCCGGGAGGGCUGAGGUCCGUGGACCUGCCCGGGCUCAAAGCAGCCACUCAGUAUAGUGUCACCAUCCGCGGGGUCAUUGGGGACUCCAGCACAGCCCCUCUCUCUGUUGAAGUCUGGACAGAAGAGGUUCCAGAUCUGGGAAACCUCACAGUGACCGAGGUUAGCUGGGACGCGCUCAGGCUACACUGGACCAGCCCAGAUGGGAUCUAUGAGCAGUUUGUCAUUGAGGUCCAGGAGGCUGGCCAAGCCAAAGAAGUGCACAGCCUCACCGUUCUUGGCAGCCUGCGCUCCGUGGAAAUCCCCGGCCUCACAGCUGGUACUCCUUAUACAGUCACCCUGCACGGCGAGGUCAGGGGCCACAGUACUCGACCCCUUACUGCAGAGGUCAUCACAGAGGAGCUCCCAGAGCUGGGAGACUUAGUCGUGACUGUGGUGGCCUGGGAUGGCCUCAAACUCAACUGGACCGCAGCUGACCAGGCCUAUGAGCACUUUGUCAUUCAGGUGCAGGAGGCCAACAAGGUGGAGGCGGCUCAGAACCUCACGGUGCCCGGCAGCCUGCGGGCUGUGGACAUCCCAGGCCUCAAGGCUGCCACCCCUUAUAGAGUUACCAUCUACGGGGUGAUCCGGGGCUAUAGGACACCAGUGCUCUCCGCUGAGGCCUCCACAGCCGGAGAACCUGAAAUUGGAAACUUAAACGUUUCCAACGUAACCCCUGAGAGCUUCAAUCUGUCCUGGACAGCUACCAAUGGCACCUUCGAGACCUUUACCAUUGAAAUUAUUGAUUCCAAUAGGUUACUGGAGUCGGUGCAAUACAAAAUUUCUGGUGCUGAACGAACUGCCUACAUCUCAGGGCUCAGCCCUAGUACUGAUUUUAUUAUCUACCUCUCUGGACUUGCUCCCGGCAUCCGGACCCAAACCAUCAAUGUCACAGUCACCACAGAAGCCGAGCCAGAAGUCGACAACCUUCUGGUUUCAGAUGCCACCCCAGACGGGUUCCGUCUGUCCUGGACAGCUGAUGAAGGGGUCUUCGACAGUUUUGUUCUCAAAAUCAGAGAUACCAAAAAGCAGUCUGAGCCACUGGAAAUAACCCUCCUUGCCCCCGAACGUACCAGGGACAUAACGGGUCUCAGAGAGGCCACCGCCUACGAAAUUGAGCUCUAUGGCAUAAGCAGUGGAAGGCGAUCCCAGCCAGUCAGUGCUAUAGCAACCACAGCCAUGGGCUCUCCAAAGGAAAUCAUUUUCUCUGACAUCACUGAAGACUCGGCUAUUGUCAGCUGGAUGGCGCCCAACGCCCAAGUGGAGAGCUUCCGGAUUACCUAUGUGCCCAUUGCCGGAGGUACGCCCUCCACUGUCACUGUGGAUGGAACCAAGACUCAGACCAAGCUGACGACACUCUUACCUGGAGCCGAGUACCUGGUCAGCAUCGUGGCCAUGAAAGGCUUUGAGGAGAGCGAGCCCGUCUCGGGGACAUUCACCACAGCUCUGGACAGCCCAUCUGGCCUGGUGACAGCCAACAUCACCGACUCUGAAGCCUUGGCCAUGUGGCAGCCAGCCAUCGCCCCCGUGGACAGCUACGUCAUCUCCUACACAGGGGAAAGAGUGCCAGAGAUCACACGGACGGUGUCCGGGAACACGGUGGAGUACGUGCUGACCAACCUGGAGCCUGCCACGGAGUACACGCUGAGGGUCUUCGCAGAAAAAGGGCCCCAGAAGAGCUCCACCAUCAGCACCAGGUUCACAACAGACCUGGAUUCUCCCAGAGACUUGACGGCUACUGAGAUCCAGUCAGAAACUGCCCUCCUCACUUGGCGAGCUCCCCGGGCACCUGUCACUGGUUACUUACUGGUGUAUGAAUCCGUGGACGGUACAAUCAAGGAAGUUAUUGUGGAUCCAGACACCACCUCCUACAGCCUGGCAGACCUCAGCCCAUCCACUCACUACACAGCAAAGAUCCAGGCACUGAACGGGCCCCUGAGGAGCAAGCUGGUCCAGACCAUCUUCACCACAAUUGGACUCCUGUACCCAUUCCCCAGGGACUGCUCCCAGGCAAUGUUGAACGGAGACACGACCUCUGGCCUCUACACCAUUUACCUGAACGGCGAUAAGACCCAGGCUCUGGAAGUCUUCUGUGACAUGACCUCUGAUGGGGGUGGAUGGAUUGUGUUCCUGAGACGCAAAAACGGACGCGAGGACUUCUACCGCAACUGGAAAGCCUAUGCCGCUGGGUUUGGGGACCGCAGAGAAGAGUUCUGGCUCGGCCUGGACAACCUGAACAAAAUCACGUCCCAGGGGCAGUACGAGCUGCGGGUGGACCUGCGGGACCAUGGGAAGACAGCCUACGCCGUCUACGACAAGUUCAGUGUGGGAGAUGCCAAGACUCGCUACAAGCUGAAGGUGGAGGGAUACAGUGGGACAGCAGGUGACUCGAUGGCCUACCACAAUGGUAGGUCCUUCUCCACCUUCGACAAGGACACUGACUCAGCCAUCACCAACUGUGCCUUGUCCUACAAGGGGGCCUUCUGGUACAAGAACUGUCAUCGUGUCAACCUGAUGGGCAGAUAUGGGGACAAUAACCACAGUCAGGGUGUUAACUGGUUCCACUGGAAGGGCCACGAACAUUCCAUCCAGUUUGCUGAGAUGAAGGUGAGACCCAGCAACUUCCGAAACCUUGAAGGCAGGCGCAAGCGGGCGUGA